AUGCCCAUCUGGGACAACCUUAGUGGCCGCAAGGAGAGCCAGGCGCCCUCUCCUUUCGACUCCUCCAACGCGCAAGAUGCCACUUCCUUCCUUUCCGAGGUCGCCAUUCCCGAUCCCACCAGGCUCCAUCCCCUGGCCGGCCUGAACCAGGACACGCUCGACUACCUGACCCUUGAAGACUCCGCCCUUGAUUCCCUCCCCGGCUCUCGCUCAGUCUUGCCUUCCCGCGGUUGGUCCGAUGACCUCUGCUAUGGUGCCGGCACCACAUACUUGGCUGCGUUGACGCUCGGAGGCGUAUGGGGACUCGCGGAAGGUCUGAACAAGACGCCAGCUACCGCUCCGCCGAAGAUCCGACUUAACGGCGUGCUGAACUCGAUUACCCGUCGUGGUCCGUUCCUGGGGAACUCCGCGGGUGUGGUUGCGAUGGUUUACAACGGAUUUAACUCGGCGAUCGGAUAUGCGCGAGGCAAGCACGAUUCUGCCAACAGUGUUGCGGCUGGUGCUCUGAGUGGCAUGCUUUUUAAGAGCACGCGCGGUAUCAAACCCAUGAUGAUUUCUGGAGGCAUCGUGGCUUCGAUUGCUGGUGCUUGGGCCGUGACGCGAAAGGCCUUCUUCUAA